ACUCCCGUUCAUUGUCACACAUGGAUAUGAUUCAUGUUUUUCUUGUUGUUCUUUUUGGUCCCGUAGGAGCUUUAUCUUCUAGUCAUAACUUGACCAGUGGGACAGUGUUGGAGAUGAUGGUCAGACCAGGAGAAAACAUAACUCUCUACUGUGACUGUAAAACUUCAACUGGAGAAUUCAUAGUGUGGUACAGGAAUUGCUCUCACGAGAAACAACCUUCUCUUAUUCUAAAAACAAAGCUUGAGCAAAGACAAUAUAAACCCGGUAUUGAUUACCAAAACCUUCUGAAUCCAUUCCCUAAUUUCCAUCUUGUGAAAAAUUAUUCCUCUCAAUCGUAUGACCUGCUGAUCACAAACAUCACUGAUUCGGAUGAGGGCUUCUACUACUGUGGAACUGAACAGUCUAAGGUGGAGGAAAAAGAAACUAUUAAUCUUGAAUGCCUAUAUAGAUAUGGAAACCUCACCACAAAGAUCCUACUUCACCCCAGUGAGCCUCAAACCACUCAAAAACACUGUGGUAUAUGCUGGAUGCUACUCUUCUCUCUGUGUCUAGCUUUUGUGGCCCUCUCAUCCCUGCUGUCUUCUCUUUUGAUAUAUUACCAUCACAAGACAGCUAACAAACCUCCAGCUGAUGAGAAAAGAUAUGAGGACAGAGACCAGAUAAGAAGAAAUCAGAAUGAAGAUGUGUGUUAUGCAGCACUGGAAAUCCAGCCAGCAUCCCAGAGACCAAAGAAGAGGAUCGCCCAGAGUUCAGAUUUCAGUGCCCACUCUACCAUUGAUAGUUUUCACAUGUAAUGAACUCUUUUUUUUCAGUGUGCUUAUUAAGUAUUGUUGAUAAGUAGUCUGUGCUACCAGAUCUGAAAGAUUAUGAUCUUUGUUUUUUCAAAAUCAAUGUAAGGAAGUGAUUACCUCCACAAGAAUUCUAAUGCUUAGAUAUUUAGAAAUAAUAAAUAUUUACUGUGUUAGCAAAGCUUUUAAAAUUGUGACUCGGUGUUGUAGUCGCUAACUUGGAAAUAUCAUUUUAACUUCUUAAUCCUCCUAUAACAAAUCCUUGGCAUUUAUGUGACCAUUGUAACACAUCUGUGUGCUGUGCUUUAAAACAGUGAAUUUUCAGAUACACUGUAGGCUACAAUAUUUUUA